CGGAUCAAGACAUCGAAAGCAGACUGGGUGACGACUAGUUUUGUGCAAGAAAUACUGCUCCAUGUGAGAGGUUGAUAACUUCUUCUGGCAUUCAGCGGGACGUGUCUGUUUGAUACUAACACUGGAUUAAGGACUUGACAGGGGCAGCUGAAAAGCAAACCCAGAGCCACUGCGAAGUGAACAGCUGAGGACCAGCACGUGAAGAACCAGAUGAGUAGGCGCGUUCAGCUCAGCUCUGCUAACACCGGAGGGGGCAUCGCGAUCCGGAGGAGCCUCAUGUGACUCGCUGACAAACUGUAGCCGUACACCCGCGGGCUGCUCUCGCCGCCGCCGCCGCCGCCGCCGCUCGUGGUGGUCAUGUUGAUGGAGGGGGCUGCUUCUUCAUCGCGCCAGCCUUGACGCGAAGUCGAGCCGGUGAGACGGCAGGGGAAACGCGCAGUCAACAGUGGUCGUCUUGUGUUUACAGAGCAGGGGUACUUUCACGGAUUUCAUCACGAUGACUUGGAGAGGAGGGCGAACGCGGUCGUUUUAUCGACCAGUCCACUCUUUACACUAAAGCCGAUAUUGUGUGUGACCUGCGGACUCGGAGGAGAAGCAAAGGUGAUGACCUGGAUGGUGCCAUGUGAAUGACUGAAGACCAUGAAGCCCACACACAAGCUGCUGUUCGUCCUUUGCCCCAUGCUGGUCCUGGGCUUUAUUUACUACUCCUCCGGGAAGCUACAUCUCCACGUAUGGGGCCAGAAGCCUCAGGGUGAUGCAGAAGAGACAACUGUAGUCCUGACUAAAGGGACUGAAGUGAAAAGAAUUCCAGAGUUGGAUACGGACAUCGCCGUGGGACGAAUAGUAGGCUCAGUGUAUGAUAAGCAGGGCUUUCUGCUGCAGCUGGACACAAAACUGCCACCAGAGUUGGCAUACAAGUAUGGCAACCUCAGCGAAGGAGUGUGCAAGCCAGGAUACGCAGCAGCCAAGAUGACCGCCAUCUAUCCUAAGUUCAUGAAACCAGCCCCCAUGUUUCUUGAUCGGAACUUCAAACGUCUAGCAAAAGUCAACAGUUACUUACCUCCAUUUGGAUUCAAAACGCAAGAGAGAAUCAUAGACAGCAUUUUAACUACCACGAAAAAUUAUGGACUCGGAGAGGAGCUAGACAGUCUCAGCUGUAAAAGAUGUAUCAUCGUGGGCAACGGCGGCAUCCUGUCCAACAAGUCUCUGGGCUCCCGUAUAGAUGACUACGAUGUUGUAGUGAGGUUAAAUGAAGCCCCAGUAACUGGUUAUGGCAAAGAUGUUGGGACCAAAACCACCAUGAGGAUAACCUAUCCAGAGGGAGCGAUCCAGAAGCCUGAAAACUACGAAAAAGACUCACUUUUUGUUUUUUCUGCUUUUAAACCGCUGGAUUUCAAGUGGCUCAGACAGAUGGUCUUCAAGGAGAAACUGAGGGGCACAGAGGGUUUUUGGAAGUCGGUGGCUCACUAUGUGCCUCGGGAGCCGACGGAGAUAAGAAUCCUCAAUCCCUACUUCAUCCAGGAGGCUGCCUUCCAGUUCAUAGGCCUGCCCUUCAACAAUGGCCUAAUGGGCAAAGGGAACAUUCCAACGUUGGGAACAGUUGCUAUAACGAUGGCUCUGCAUAACUGUGAUGAGGUGGCGGUGGCUGGUUUCGGCUAUGACAUGAACAUGCCCCACGCACCUCUGCACUACUACGAGACUGUCAAGAUGUCCGCCAUAAAAGAGUCAUGGACACACAACAUAUCCAAGGAGAAGGAGUUCCUCCGCAAGCUGGUGAAGGCCAACGUCAUCACAGACCUGACCAACGGUAUCUGAGUUUACACCCAAUCACAGUCUCCUUCUGCCUUUUCCAAAAGACUACUCAACAGGAAGCGGGGAAACCGUGACAAUCCGGGUGGCCUGCACACCGUCUGGGUUUUCAUAUCAAAGGAGAUGAUUUAAAAAAAACAAACAAAAAAGAGAUACCAGAGGGUUUCUGUGGAGAGAUGCACACAUGUGCCUUCUGAACCAAAGACUCCUGCUGACUGAAGCAGGGAGGGGGGGGACAUGGGGUGGACUGGAUCUGCCCGCUUCCUGUCUCACCAGGAGACAGUCGCAGGAAAGGUCUGCCGGCCCCACGCUUCAACACCCCCACCCCGCCCCUCACCCCACACACCCCACGUCACCGAAGAGCAGAGGUGACACGUUGACAUGCGGAUGUCAGUAUUCCUCCGGACUGACUGACAAACUUGAAGAGGGGGCGAGCAGAGAGGAAUGAGACGAGGACUGCGAGAGAGCGUGUGCGUGGAUGGGUUGGGUAUUAGCAGUGCCAAACGUACCUCGUACAGGGGGAGAGGUCACCCUCCUCUCCUUUUGCUGCCUGAAUGUAUUCACUUUCAUCAGUGUAAAUAUCAAAGAUUUUUACUGUGCUUUUUAACAAGCUGCAGCAGACCCCCCCCACCCCCAUCCCGCACCGGCCAUUUGUCCAUUCAUUCGUUCGCUUUUUUACUAUCUGUCCACGGGCCCAAACUAACACUUGCCAACCCAGAUGACGCAAAUACGUCGGCGAGGGUCACCCUCCACACAGACUGUUAUCACCUCGAGACGCUAACGUUAGAGUGUUUUUAGUAAAAUACAGACUUGAGUUUUUGCAGCUUCCUCUGUGAAGUCCUCCGUCUGUGAGGGAAUACGAUUAGUAUCAGCCAGACGGUUCUACACAGAGGUUGUGUGUGUUCUUCUGACCUCUGGAUGGUUAGUUACUCCCAUGUGGCUGAAAGGUCAUCAAAAAGAUAACAAAUUAAAUAUAAAUACAGAUAGAUUAUUUAAAAGUGUUUGUAUGUUUUGAGUUAAAAGUCUAAAUCUGUUACUUUUAAAUAAUCAUUUUAGUUAUGAAAGAUUCUCUUCACUAAAUGCCAUCGAAAUCAUGUAUCUGGAAAACAUGUAUUUUUGUACCAGCUCUGGCAGGUGAGCCCAAAAGUGAAACAUCUCUCUUUCUCUCUUCCCGUGUCUUCGUCCGCCCUUCGUCUUCAUCAGCUGUGAGCCUCCAGGCUGCGGCGCAGACACAGCAGCGUGUCCUGCCUGGCGACGGAGAGCGCGUUCUGUAUGUUGCAUCACCUUUUCCAACCUCGUGUCGCUGCAGAUUUUCUUGUUCUUCAGUAAAUGGUGAAAUCUCGGAUUGUAGAAUAUAAAUAUAUAUAUUUUUGUUCUUAGGUUAAUUUUAAUUAUUUAUUUUGUUAUAAAGUCCCAGCGUGUAGGCCACAGGCGAGCCUACUUCCUGUUGUUUUUGUUCAGAGAAAACGCAGAAGUUUUGAAUUUGUGUUUCUUUCGAACCCCCCGCCACGUGCUUCCUCAGAGGCUGCGUCGUCCUUCCAGUUUGCCGCAGAAGCUGCGUUGUGCUUGAACCCAUCGAUGAAUCUGUUUUGAAUUGGAGGUUUUGAAUGUUGUUUGCUUUAUGCAGUUUAUGUUAAGACAAUACACGUGCUCUUCUGCGACAAUGGACACGUAAUAGAAAUUUCUAAAAGUUGGGGGAAUCUAAUGAGACGAUUAUUGCUCAAUCUCAGAUGCACGGUCCAUGUGCUGCUCAGGCCUUUGCAGAUGAAGGUUCUGCCACAUGCUUUUCAGUAUUUCAACACUGCAUUAACAUAAAGUCCUCAGUAUUACACAACCACACCCUUUGCUUCUCCCUCUGCUUCUCUGAUGUGAGAAUGUCAGGAUGUCACAUCUGUUUGCUUUUUGUCAUUUUAUCAAAUGAAUGCGAUAAUCAGCUUUAUAUAGUGAUGGUGCAUUUAAAUACUGCUUUACCAAAGCAGGCUUCUGUUGUUUUACUCUGUUUUUUUUUUUUAACUUCAUCAGAUGACAGUUGAGUGAGGUUGUCAGUUAUUUUCUGUUUCUGCUUCUUCUUUGAAACGCUCAUAUUUACUUUACAUUGUACACACACACACACACACACACACACACACACACACACAGGUUCACUACCAUGACUCUCAAUCAGCGUUUCUUGAUUAGUUUUCACAAACCUUGCUGGAAUCGUGCAGCAGCGUGUCCUACCCGAUCCCUUCAGAGCGGUUCCACUGGGUUUGAAGGAAUGGAUGACUUUUUGGAAACUAGGCCCUGUUUGGGAGCAAAGGUACAGGGAACAGCUGACCAUUGCACUAUCAUGAGGCGCUCUCAGUGCCUUACACCUCAUCACCUGGAAACUGUAGCGAGGAGUUUGACAUGGGAAAGUAACUGCAGCUUGAUCCAGCAUGUAAGAUGAGCUCCAGGUCAGGACGGGUCACUCCUCCGUGUCUGUGAUUUGGGACCAGUCCAUUUCAUGUCUGUACUCUAUAUACAAUCUUAGAAGACUUGAAGCUCCGUACUGGUGCUGGUGUAUGUUUUAGCCCAUAAAAGUGUUUUAAUGCAAGAAAUGACCAAAUUGACUUUUUCUUCAUCUGUGGUUGCUAAUUGUUUGUCUGUGACAUUACUCAUCAAUACUGCGGUUUUUGGCAGCUUACUAUGAAAGGGGCACUCCACCAACUUCACACAUGAAGUUCAGUGUACUUCUCAUGGGGGGUACAACUCAGCCUCUGAUAACAGUUAUAUAAUGCGUCCUAUUGCUCUGGAGGAGCUUUCGUAAGUCUGAGAAAAUGUAGAAUCUGGGGUUUGUUUGAGCGUGACCCUUACUGGGGACUAACAGUCAGGAUAUCUUCCUCUCCGCUGCUACGAUACUAAUCAACUCCUUUAAAAUCUGCCUCGUCAAACCCCCAACUUCAUGGAAGUGCAAUGCUAAAUCACUGGAGAACCGCUGUAAUGCUUGACUGCUUGAGCAUCCUUGAAUGACCGCCACAGGAGCAUGUUAUUAUAAUGGCAUUUGUGAAAAAUAAAGGAAAGUGUUGAAGAUUAUGAAUAAGAAACAGGUUUGAUUUUGCUGGAGGAAGAUUGUCAAAGUGUACUGAAAUCAUUUGAAACCAGCAGCUGCUUCGAAGGUAGAAGAUCAUUUAAAAUCUUAUUGUAUAUUUUGGAAAAUGGUCAUUGAUAACGAUAAAUGUGUGCAAUCUGUUGUGAGCGGGCUAAAAUCGACCACGCCAAAGCACCAGUAUGGUCUUUAAAGCUUUGAGACUGAGCAGAUGCUUAGUUGGAGUGAAUUCUUUUUCUGUUGUGUUUUUUUUUUCUCGAGGUUUAAUAUCUUUACGAAUGCUGGAGGAGUUCAAAUGGAUUGGACCCAAAUCGCCUCUUCUGAUAACCUGUUCAUAUUAAAGCCGAAUGUAUUCGCUUCUAUCAUUUAUCAUAUUUAUAAACCUUUUAUUUUAUUUUUUUACAUUUCACCAUCAUCAGUGGGAAGUCAACGUGAUCAAACGUGUUGCUUUCGUUUUUAUAUACAGUCGUAAAUGGCUUUCUGCAACUCAAUAAAUAAGUUUGUAAUUUGCCUGUG